AUGCCAAAAGUUAAUAUCAACAGAGAUAUUUUAUACAAAGCCCUCGGCUUUUAUAUUAAAACAUACACUCAAGAACAAUUUGAAGAUCUUUGUUUUGCUUUUGGUGUUGAGUUAGAUGAAGUUACAUCAGAAAGAGAGAUGAAAAAGAAUGAAACUGGUGUUGAAGAUUUAACUGUAUCAGAUGAUGUUAUCUACAAAAUUGAUGUUUCAGCAAACAGAUACGAUUUAUUAUGUUUAGAAGGUAUUGCAAGAGCAUUGAAUGUUUAUAAUCAUAAAGCUUCAAUUCCAAAAUACCAAAUUGUACCACCAAAAAAUUCCCAUGAAAAAUUAUACAUUUCAAAAGAGGUUGAAUCAGUUAGACCAGUUAUUGUUGCAGGUAUUUUAAGAGAUAUUACAUUCACUCAAGAAAGUUAUGAUAGUUUCAUUGAUUUACAAGAGAAACUUCAUGCAAAUAUUUGUAAAAAACGUUCAUUGGUUUCAAUUGGUACUCAUGAUUUGGAUACCCUUAGUGGUCCAUUCUAUUAUAAAGCAUUGGCACCAAAAGAUAUUAAAUUUGUACCAUUAUCACAAACUAAAGAAUACAAUGCUGAAGAAUUAUUCAAAUUUUAUGAUGAAAGUAGUUCACAUUUAAAGAAAUUUUUACCAAUUAUUAAAGAUUCACCAGUUUAUCCAGUUAUUUAUGAUUCAAAGAAUGUUGUUUGUUCAUUACCACCAAUUAUUAAUGGUGAACAUAGUAAAAUCAAAUUAUCAACUAAAAAUGUAUUCAUUGAAGUUACAGCCAAUGAUCGUACAAAAGCAAACAUCGUUUUGAAUACAAUGUUAACAAUGUUCUCAGAGUAUUGUAAACAACCAUUCACAAUGGAACAAGUUGAAGUUAUCGAUGCUGAUGGUAAAUCAACUGGAUUAUAUCCACAAAUUCAAGAGAAACAAAUCAAUGCUCAAGUUGAUUAUAUCAAUAAAAGUGCUGGUAUUAAUAUCACUCCAAAUGAUAUGGUAACCUUAUUGAAACGUAUGUCUUUACAAUCAAAAUUAUCAGAUGAUGAAAAAUCAAUUAUUGUUGAUGUUCCAGUUACAAGAAGUGAUAUUAUGCAUGCUUGUGAUAUUAUGGAAGAUGUUGCAAUUGGAUAUGGUUAUGAUAAUUUAAAGAAAGAAAUACCAAAUUGUAAUACUAUUGGUAGAGUUCAACCAAUUAAUAAAUUAUCAGAAUUAUUGGCAAAUGAAAUUGCAUUAGCAGGAUUUACAGAGAUUAUGACAUUUGUUUUAUGUCAAAAUAGAGAUAACUUUACAGCAUUGAAUAAGGCUGAUGAUGGUAGUAGUGUAAAGAUUUCAAAUGCAGUCAGUGAGGAGUUUACUGAAGUACGUACAAAUUUAGUUAGCACCUUGUUAAAGAGUGUUUCAGCAAAUAAAGCCGCACCAUUACCAUUGAAAAUGUUUGAAAUCUCUGAUGUCUCUAUCAAAGGUUCAUUGGGUAACAAGGAUUUGUCAGACCCAAAUUCAAACAAUAGUGAUGUAGGAGCUUACAAUAAGAGAAUGUUGGGCGCAAUCUACUGUAAUCAAUCUGCCAAAAUCGAAGUUAUUCAUGGUCUUUUGGAUCGUAUCAUGUUGGUUUUAGAUAUUAAACUCGAUGCUACUCGUUCCUCAAAUAAAGGUUACUAUUUAGAAUUAUCAAAUGAUAAACUCUUCCUUCCAGGUACUGGUAUCAAUGUCAUUGUCAAUGGUAAAAGAGUUGGCCAUAUGGGUAUCGUUCAUCCAUUGGUUUUGAAAAAUUACUCUUGUUCUUUCCCAUGUACCAUUUUAGAAUUAGAACUUACAAUCGAUACUAUGGCUCAUAAUGUUUUAUUAAGAGAAAAUUAA